AUGGAUGAUGUGAUCGCGUCGAACUCCCCUAUCGCCACCACUUCAGGUCCACCCGCCUCAGCACCACCGAAGGCCCGUGUAUCGCUGGCUUGCAAGAGAUGUAAGCGUCGAAAACAGCGAGUAUGGCUCCUGGAUGCAUCGUAUAUCAGCGCUCUAGAAGAACGAAUUGCAUUCCUCGAAGCUCGACUGCCCGAUCAUGCUGAAGACCACUUCCUCAAUGAUGUACAGGAUCACCGAGAGACCAUCAACGACGGUCCUUGGAAUGUGCCAGAGGCCGAUGAUGUCGCGCAGGCUCAUUCGCCCAACUCAUCUCCCAAAAAACUCAUGUCUGAUCACAUGGACUUAGAGCAGAGGACGUCCUUGGUAGGAGGCGUAGCCUAUCUCUCUCUAUGUGCCUCUGGUACAACUGACUCAACUUUUGAGCCGUACUAUAUCGGCUCUAGCUCUGGGGCUACCAUUUCACGAGUCAUCCAAGCGUCUAUAUUUGGACAAGCAAAGUCCAGGGCAACGACCGAGAUAGCAUCAUCGCCGGAACAAGUUCGAUCAGAGCCGAGAACCCCACCUGAAUCAAUCCACUCCGAUACAGCUUCUCUUGGGUUUCCUGAGACACAGCAAGCUCGCAUGCUAUUUGACAUAUUCUUCGAGCGUAUCCAUACCCGCUGGCCAAUUCUGGAUCGAAGCAUCUACGAAGAUAUUUUUGCAAAGCAAUACAUCUCUGGAGCUCUAUCGACUGUUGAGCGAAGUAUCUUCCACUUGAUAUAUGCGAUUACGACGCGAUUUUUGUCUUUGACAAGAAGAGUACAAAGCGUCGAUCCUGAGCAUCAUCUUGCGGCGGCCACAGCGCCGAUGAGCUAUAUACUAGAGCAGCACAGUCUUGCAAGUCUUCAGUUCCUCGUGCUGCUUGGUGUACAUAGCCAAAGAUCCCCAUAUGGCGCUGGAGCCUGGUCCCAGAUCCGUUAUGCUACCUCAAUUUGUAUUGAGAUGGGCCUACAUAGGAAAAGACUAGCACCACGCACAGACUCAGAAAAGCAAGCAAGAGACGAAGAACUUCGAAGAAGAAUCUUCUGGUCUUGUUAUUGUCUCGAUCGCGCCACAAGUAUCGUACUUGGCCGAGCUUUUGCUAUCGCCGACAGGGACAUCAAUGUUGAGCUUCCAAGUGCUGGCAGUCAGUUCUGGACGCUCACUCACAAAGAGCUUCCUAGUCCCGCCCAAGGCGUCUGGUCCAAUGUUGAGCCUUUCAUACACAUCAUCCGACUCGAUCGAAUCCACUCGCGAAUCCACAAAGUUGUAUUCAGGGUUGAUAGAGACGUUUUGAAUGGCACAGCCGAAGAGCAGGCUAAGCGUGAUCGCAAAAUGGCCACCAUAAAAGCAGAUCUGGAUGAGUGGCUGGAGAAGUGCCCCCAGACCCCCAAGGACGGGAACAAGACUACUUGGAUGUACGAUCCAGAGAGUGCCUACCUCGAUGCUAGAGAUUUCUACGGCUUACAAUACCACAAGUCCGUUCUUUUCCUCUUCACCGUCUUCCUUCCAUCACUACAGACAUCAGACCCACGAUUCCUGAUUUGCGCUCGCUCAGCGACCUCUGUAUGCGUCGCAUACAAGCGACUGAACCAGAACAAAACCCUCACAUAUACUAUGAUAUCUCUGCACUCAUGCUUUGUAGCUGGGUUGACCCUUGUAUACUGUAUCUGGCGGGACCGCUCCCUAUUCUCCUACGAGAUCCUUGAAGCGACAAGAGACUGCUCUCAAAGUCUGACUAUUUUUGGCGAGAAGUGGCCAGGUGCAGUCAAGUAUCGAGACAUUUUUGACGAACUUUCGGGAAAUUUGCUCAAGUCUAUUGUCAACCGGGGUCCUUCGCUUCGGUCAUACGACCGACCACGCCAAAAUCACGUCAACUCUGACAAUGUUUCCAACGUAUCAACUCGGAUACAGCAGACUCAACAGACGAUUCCUCAGGUACCGCCAAAUCAACCUACUAGCAUCAUCGAGAUGCCGAUGAUCUCAGACGCUGUCAGAGAGGCAUUCAUGGAAGUCGAUGAGGAGGCGCCAGGCGGAUGGCAAGGCUGGCGGAUGUGGGAUGAAAUGGUCAGGGAAAAUGCGUCUAGUGUCAACGAAUCUGUCUUAGGUUCUCGUUUGGCUGGGCAAAGCUACAGUGGAACGAGUUGGGAAUGCUAUGACAGUACGUAUAACUUGGAUCCUGUCCAAGACGCAGUGAUGCAGAUGGGAGCUGAUGAGACCGCGACUGAUGGCGAUUGGAACUAUAGAGCCUAG